AAGCACUAGUGAGCUAAACACAGCUCAUAAGCUGACAAAGGCAAAAGAAAAAAGAAAAGGAAUCCCAAGCUUUUUCUAGAAGCUUCAGUUUCUGCUCUGAGUUGCAGACACAUUGAGAAGUCGGAGAUGGGAUCUGGUGCCGGAAAUUUCCUUAAAGUUCUCCUUAAAAACUGCGAUGUUCUUGCCGGGCCUGUGGUUAGUUUGGUUUACCCACUGUAUGCCUCCGUUAGGGCUAUAGAGACCAAAUCUGCAACUGAUGACCGCCAAUGGCUGACGUAUUGGAUUCUCUAUUCUAUGAUUACACUCUUUGAGCUCACCUUUGCCAAACUUAUUGAGUGGAUCCCAAUCUGGUCAUAUACCAAGCUGACCCUGACUUGUUGGUUGGUCAUCCCAUACUUCAGUGGUGCUGCAUAUGUCUACGAACACUAUGUCAGGCCGUUUUUCCUCAACCCGCAGACAAUCAAUGUCUGGUAUGUUCCAAGGAAGAAGGAUGUUCUCAGUAAGCCGGAUGAUGUUCAAACAGCUGCAGAGAAGUACAUUGAAGAGAAUGGUACUGAAGCAUUUGAGAAACUCAUUCAUAGGUCUGACAAGUCCCAAAUGAGUGGAAUCUUUGACGAUGAGCAUAAAUACUACUAAAGUACCAAGGCUCAUACCUGCAACAUGCUUUCAGUGUCACAGUUCCUCGAGGGAGUGAAAAAGAUGUUAGUUAUGAUCCUUUCAUGGCCUAGGUUUUCCUUUGUUUUUAUUUGUUUGUAAAGGAUACUCAAGGAUCCUUACUUUUAUGUAAUUAAUCGUGCUUGAACAUUAGACUUUAAUUUCUUUCAUAACCUCUUAAUUUCCUUUGCCUUUUAACUGUGAAUCCUAAGCUCAGGGAUUGAUUUGUGGUAUCA